CGGCGCCUAGCUCUGCAGCCCGGCGGUCUCCCCUCGCGCGGUCUCCUCCUCCUCCCGGGCCCCAGCGCAGCCCGAGAGCCCCGCGCCGAGGAGCGGGGGGCGCCGCGCACUCGCACGACACGCGCCGCGGCGGGACACUCCCGGGGGGACGCCCCCGGCGCGCCUCCCUCCACGCGCCCGCCGCGCUCCCCUCCCCCCGCCAGUGUCCCCAGGGCUCCGGGCCGCCAGGGCAGCGCCAGACGCGCGGGGGGUCCCCGAGGAGGGGCCAGCCCGGCCGAGGCGCGGCGAUGGAGGAGCCGCAGCGCGUCCGCUCGCAGACCGUCACCACCACUGCCAGCUCCUUCGCCGAGAACUUUUCCACCAGCAGCAGCAGCUUCGCCUACGACCGGGAGUUCCUCCGCACCCUGCCCGGGCUCCUCAUCGUGGCGGAGAUCGUUCUGGGACUGCUGGUGUGGACACUGAUCGCUGGAACUGAGUACUUCCGGGUCCCCGCGUUUGGCUGGGUCAUGUUCGUAGCUGUAUUUUACUGGGUCCUCACCGUCUUCUUCCUCAUCAUCUACAUAACAAUGACCUACACCAGGAUUCCCCAGGUGCCCUGGACAACGGUGGGUCUGUGCUUUAAUGGCAGUGCCUUCGUCUUAUACCUCUCAGCCGCUGUGGUGGACGCAUCUUCUGUCUCCCCUGAGAGAGACAGCCACAAUUUCAACAGCUGGGCAGCCUCAUCGUUCUUCGCCUUUUUGGUCACCAUCUGCUAUGCUGGAAACACAUAUUUCAGUUUUAUAGCUUGGAGAUCCAGGACCAUACAGUGAUUUGCCAUUUUGAGAAUUAAACAGGAGAAAGCAGGAAGAAUCUCACUGUAAAAAAACAGCAACAACAAACUGUAGGUAUAAUGUAUAUUUCCAGAGAAUUAUAUUUAACUAAUGUUUUUAUAUACUUAGUUAAAUUUGCUCACAGUGGUUUGUUACAAUUAAACUGGAUACUUAUUUGCAAAUUGUUGUAGCCAUAUAAUGAACUCUUAAAUAUCUUGUUCAUGUCUUCAUGGACCUUAUUUUCUUAGACAAUGUAUAAAUAGAUAAAUUGCUAAUGUUAAGACUGUGUCGAGUUUGUAAACCUAACUUUUAAAAUGCCAGAUUCUUUUCUGAUUAAAUGUUUCAAAAUCUUGGGUAAGGUGUCUGAUUUGAGAAAGGAGACCUACUGCCAAAGCCCAAGGUUGGGUGCUGUGGGUAAAUCUUCAUCCUCACAAGGCUGCCCAAUUGUAGUAUUGCCCAGACACCCUUGUCCACAGCCACCAGGCCCAGGUAGUAGGAGAGACCCUUCUCCCUGAGACUGGGGAUCAUCAGUGGCCAUGAUUCUCACAUGCUAACCAGUUGACCCAGAAAGCAUGUAAUGAGACACUGGCCUUGCAGUUCAGUAGUAAGCUCACCCUAAGUGAUGGUGCUAAGUGCCCAGACUGAUGUGCCGUGUGGCAAUUUUUUCCUAAU